AGCAGCCUUAAACAACCUCGGCACCUCCUGCGACUUGGAUGGCGCGCACGAGAGUAGCCGCGACGCCGCCGUCGACGGAAACACGGCGCCGUAUAAACAUGGAGAGGUCGGCGCUGUUCGCCAGGAGAGAGGCGGCGAAGGUUUUGAAGCAAGUUCUGCAAGGCGACUCGCGGCGCCGCUCCGUGGGCUCUAUCAAGUCGCUAGUUUACAGUCCCUCGGUGAGAAACAAGAAGGGAACUUUUGCUGUGGUCUGCGAAACCCUAAAGCAUCUUAAGAUAAUCAAACAGGUGUUGAAGGCUGCAGAUGUUCUCAAUAGCAAGUGGAGGAAGCAAGAUGAGUUGGUGUACAUUGUCACCUAUGAUAUUCUUUUUGGUCAGGUGACUUCAUCAACUGGUGAUGCGGAGAGAUUUCUCUUGCUACGGAAAGGGGCUCUGCAGGCAGCUCUAGAUCGCCUUUUAGUGAAGAAAAAAGUGAAGAGCGUUGAAGAGUUGAUAGCUCUUGAUCAGACACCUGAGAUUUCAAAACCUCGGUAUGUUCGUGUUAAUACUCUGAAAAUCGAUGUCGAUACGGCCUUGCUUGAGUUACAGAAACAAUACAAGGUUCAAAAGGAUGAUCUGGUUUCAAACUUGUUGAUUCUUCCACCUGGUAGUGACUUGCAUGACCAUCCUCUAAUUGUCAACGGCAGUGUCUUCAUGCAAGGAAAGGCAAGCUCUAUGGUUGCAGCAGCGCUUGCUCCAAAACCAGGGUGGGAGGUUCUUGAUGCAUGCUCAGCUCCAGGAAACAAAACUGUCCACCUAGCAGCUCUUAUGGGAAGUGAAGGAAAAAUAAUAGCAUGUGAGCUCAAUGAAGAGAGGGUUAAAAGAUUAAAAGAGACCGUCAGACUCUCGGGUGCUUCUAAUAUAAAGGUUCUGCAUGGAGAUUUCUUACAGUUGAACCCUGAGGAUCCUGCAUAUUCCAAGGUUCGCGCUAUUCUUUUGGAUCCUUCCUGCUCUGGUUCCGGGACAGCUUCAGCAAGAUUAGAUCAUUUGCUUCCUUCCUCUGCUCCCGAUCACUCUGCUGACUUCACAGAGACUGAAAGACUGAACAAGCUUGCGGCUUUUCAGAAAAAGGCUCUGGUUCAUGCCUUAUCUUUUCCAGAAGUAGAAAGAAUUGUUUACAGCACAUGCUCUGUCAACCAAAUUGAAAAUGAAGAUGUAGUCAAUUCAGUUCUACCUCUUGCCGAGUCUUAUGGUUUUGAACUUGAAACAGCCUUUCCCAAAUGGCACCGCCGUGGUCUUCCAGUUUUCAAGGGUGCUGAACGCUUGCUUCGAACUGAUCCCGUGCAGGACAAAGAAGGCUUCUUCAUUGCUUUGUUUGUGAGAAAAGGAUCUUAUCAAUCAGAGGAACCUGAUUUGACAUAUGCAAAGAACACUCACAGAAAACAGCACGCGAGGAAGAGAAUUGUUGUACCACCCACUACCAAUUUGUUUAAAAUUUGGUCGCAUGCAAUGUUGAAUAGGCCAACUUGUAGUUGUUGCGGAUGAAAACAGAAACCUUGUUCUCUAAUUUCUUGUUUAAUUUCAUUCAGCACCAGUUUUCUCUUCCAUUCUAAACACUUGUACUGUCCACUUCAAUUUAACAAGGAAAUGUGAAAUUGUUGUUUAAGUAGAUUGCAAAUCAUAGCCAG